AUGCCUAAAAAAGCUAAAAAUGGACACAAUAGAAGGAAACGUCAAUCAAUUGUUUUAUCCCCUAUCAGUUUUACUCCUUUUAUUGAGAUUAUCCUCUCCCCUACAAUGUUUGUGCCACUAAUUCUCUCACCACGUGUGUUAGGUCCAUUCAUCCUAUCACCGUCAAUAUUCGAUCCGUUUAUACUGAGUCCAGUAGCGCUAAACCCCUUCAUUCUAAACCCAGGAGCAUUCAUCCCUUUCGUACUCAGCCCCUUCGUUCUGUCUCCAUUUAUCCUCUCUCCACAAGUCUUCACUCCCUUGAUUCUAUCACCACUGGCUUUAUCUCCACUGAUUUUAACACCAACAGCAGCAACUCCUUUAGUUCUAUCACCCUUUGUUUUGUCUCCUAUUAUCUACUCUCCAGCUUUUUUGUCGGCUCUGGUGUUGAGCCCUUAUGCACUUUCACCUGUUAUCAACAGCCCUUUGAUUGCUUUUUCGGUAAUCUUGUCGCCGAGUUAUUUGAGUUGA